AUGGCGUCCGCUUCUACCGGCCCAUCGCGUCUCGCGCAUCCGUCGCAUCGGUACGGACGUCGCGCGGUCGCCCGCGCGUCGGCCCACCCCCCCGCGCGCGCCUCGCCCCCGCCCCUGGACGUGGUCAGCACCACCCUCAUCGUCGACGAUCUCGUUUUCCACGACGGGCAAACCCGCAUGGCGAUGCUCGGCGGCGGCGGGCCGCAGACGCUCUUCGGCGCGGGCCUUGCGAGGAGGUCCCCCCCGCUGACCCUCGGCCUCGUCGCCGGAAUCGGGGGAAACGGCGACUGCCCGCACGAGUGCAUCGAAUGGCUCAUCCACCACGGCGUCGACGUGCGCGGACUAAUGCCGACGCCGAAAAUGCCGACGCCUCGAGCGUGGCAGAUCACCGAGCGCGACGGCAGACGCACGCAGGUGUGGCGCCUGGACGAACGGCGCAGCGAUGAACUGUACGCCAUGCUCCGCCCGGCGCAUUCGAGUUGGCCAGAAAAUGCAAAAAAUGCGAGAUGCGCACAUUUUGGUGUGAACCCGUCGCGACCGGACGUCUCGCUCUGCGCCGCGCUGCGCGCCGCCGGAUGCGGGCUGACGUCCGUCGAGCCCUUCACCGUCGCGUCCGUUCCCCUCGCCGACGCGGAGCUGCGCGCGCUGUGCGGCGCCGCGGACGUCUUCUCCCCGAACGAGCGCGAGGCUCGGUCGCUCUUCGUCGACGGCGAUUCGCUUUCUCCGACGGAACUCGUCCGACGAAUUGCCGAAGCCGGGGCCGACGUCGUGUGCCUGCGCCGCGGCGAGCGCGGCGCGAUGGUGUACGACGCGGGGCGGAACGAGGGGUACGAGUGCCCGAGCGUGGCGUUACACGUGGUGGACGAGACCGGGUGCGGCAACGCGUUUUGUGGGGCAUUCGCGGCGGCGCUCUCGCGGGGCGAAGGGAUCAAAGAGGGGCUUGCGCUGGGGUCCGCCGCGGCGAGCGUGAUGCUGGAGCACGUCGGGGUUCCGUCCGGGGGGUUCGAGGAGUACAGGGACGAGGCGGAGAGGCGCGCGGCGGCGGCCAGGGCGGCCACCGUCGCGUUCUCGCUCUAA